GAUCGUGGCCUGCAGGGCGCGCUCAGCCGCGCAGCCCCACAGGUGGCAACGGCCUCGGCUGGGCCAGUGGGUUCCCGCCAGGCUAGGCAGUGGAGCGCCGCACAGCGCGCCUUCCCGCCUCCCAGCCGCCGCCCCAGCAGCUCCUAGCUGGCGCCAGCAGGCCUGCUCGGUCGAUCUUCGAGCCCAAGAUGCGGCGGGGCUGGAAGAUGGCUCUGUCUGGGGGGCUGCGGUGCUGCCGCCGGGUACUAUCCUGGGUGCCAGUGUUGGUGAUUGUCCUGGUCGUGCUCUGGUCCUACUAUGCGUACGUCUUUGAACUCUGCCUGGUGACCGUUAUGAGCCCAGCAGAGAAAGUUAUCUACCUCAUACUCUACCAUGCCAUCUUUGUGUUCUUUGCCUGGACCUACUGGAAGUCUAUCUUUACACUCCCACAGCAGCCCAACCAGAAGUUCCACUUGUCCUAUACAGACAAGGAGCGCUAUGAAAAUGAAGAAAGACCAGAGGUCCAGAAGCAAAUGCUCAUUGAUAUGGCCAAGAAGCUCCCAGUGUACACAAGAACCGGAAGUGGAGCUGUACGAUUCUGUGACCGGUGCCAUCUGAUCAAGCCAGAUCGCUGCCACCACUGUUCUGUCUGUGCCAUGUGUGUUUUAAAAAUGGACCAUCACUGCCCUUGGGUUAAUAACUGUAUUGGAUUUUCCAACUACAAAUUCUUCCUUCAGUUUUUAGCGUAUUCUGUUCUCUACUGCCUGUACAUUGCUACAACAGUCUUCAGCUAUUUCAUCAAAUACUGGAGAGGGGAAUUGCCCAGUCUUCGCUCUAAGUUCCAUGUCCUUUUUCUCCUCUUUGUGGCCUGUAUGUUUUUUGUCAGCCUUGUAAUUCUCUUUGGUUACCAUUGUUGGCUUGUCAGCAGAAACAAAACUACCUUAGAGGCCUUCUGCACUCCAGUGUUUACAAGUGGCCCAGAGAAAAAUGGAUUCAACCUUGGCUUCAUCAAGAAUAUCCAGCAGGUGUUUGGAGAUAAUAAGAAAUUCUGGUUAAUACCUAUUGGGUCCAGCCCUGGUGAUGGACACUCCUUCCCUAUGAGGUCUAUGAAUGAAUCUCAGAACCCUCUGCUAGCAAAUGAAGAACCCUGGGAAGAUAAUGAAGAUGACAAUCGAGAUUAUCCAGAAGUCUCCUCUUCCCUGGCUGUGGAGACAGAAACGUAGCAGUUUUCCUAUUUCCUGCAUCUCUCAGACAGAAUCCACCAUCUCCCAUGAGGCUUUCAGAGUUCAGUGUUGGGAACCAUUCUAAUCCUCAAAACCAGUCACCACGUUGGAGUGAUUGCUUCACAAUUUGAAAGCAUUCCAUGUAAUACUUGUCAUGCAGAUGUUUCUGGACUUUACAAAUUAAUUUACUGACUGAACUCCAAUUUGGUAUUCAUUACUUCAAGCUAGUUUUUCUUUCCUCCUUGCCCUCUUCAAUCCAUGAAAAGCCGAAAUGUUAAAAUAUGUAUCUUUACAUUCAUCCUGUCAUGUAAAAGGGAAUUCAGAAGACUACCUUGGGGGUCUUUAGUUUCCCUGGAAAGACUAUUAAUCAUAUCUGCAGGGUCUUUGGGGUAUUGAGGAGAAUCAGCGUAUACUUGCUGCUUGUGUGCAUGUGCAUUCAUAAACAUGUAUAUGUGCAGCCUCGCUAUCCAACAUUCUGCUGUAAUGUCAUGAAAUCAAGGUUGAAACAAAUGGCAGCUUUGAUUUAAUCAUGCUUUUCCCAAGUAGCAAUUUAGAUAUUUGCCAAGCUUUGAACUAUGCUUGUACCAAGUAUCUAAGAGUUGAGAAGUAGAUACAAAUCACUAUGAUCAAAGUCCUCCAACAGAGAAGUGAACAGCAGUUAUGUAAACCCCUGUUCUCUGUCAUCGACAUUCCUGAACACACCAUAGCUAAUAGAGAAGACCUGAUUAGACCAGAUUUCUUCCUUACUCAUCAUGACAAUUAUUAAUGUCUUAAAAGACUUUUAAUGCCAGGCUAUGGUAAAAAAAAAAACUUCAAUUAUUGUGAUUUAUUUCUGGACUAUCUAGCUUUAUUUUUGCCUUUAGAAAUUACUUUCAGGAUGAGAGAGAUACUAUAAAACUAAGUUAUAGGACCAUCACUUUUGUAAGGGCAUUUAAAGGUGAUUUUCAGGUUUAAUUACAGUACUGUUAAAAAGGGUAAAAGUUUCACAACUGACAUUAGCCAGAGGAUCAGCUAAUGAUCUCUGUUUUCACAGCAGGAGUUAAUGUACAGAUAGUGAAAACUGAACAGUAAUAUGCCAGUCCUUUUUUUUAAAGCUUCAAUAGUAGCUCAGCCAUUAAGAUAGUUUACAUCCAUUUCCCCAUUUAUUUAUAAUCAGCCUUUCUUUCAGUCCUAGUGCCUGAAUCAAUGAGUAUGGACACUAAUGCUGCUUCAUAGUAAUAAUAUCUAACAGUAUUGAUGUUUUUCAUUUUUAAACCAGGACUCUAGUGCCCAGCUGCUGGCAAUAAAAGCCCCAACUCUUGACAGAGAUCAGUGGGAGUUAGAGACAUUUUACAGAUAUCAAAGAAUUGAGCUGCUAGAGGGAUGGUUAAGUUUACUAAAUUAUUCUCCCAAAAAUCUCUUGGAGCAAAAAUGAGUUGCCUUCCAUAAAUAAAUUGAUGUUGGGGCUCCAGUACAACUGAGAUGGUAAACAAUCCAGAUACUUAAAACAACAGCAAAACCUGUUCAUUUGGACCUCCCUUGGUAAUUUUGAACAUGAGGUAUUUAACAUAAAGUAAAUGUAUUAUGGUCAGCAUGUUUCUCGUGAGAGAAUACUAGGCAUGACUAAAUCUAAUAAGGACUGUUUCUCAAAGUCAAAAGCUAAGGAACAGGCCAGAAAACUAUGCACAUUGGAUUUCAUGAUGAAAUCUUACUUGUUCGGAUGGAAAGAUCCUUUUCCUCUUCCAUUCACCUUUUAACACACUUCUCUUGUUUAGGUUUCACUUGAAAGUUUAUUUAUUUGGCCAUCCACAUGGUUUUAUGAUGGACAGCGUUGCCAUCUAUUCCUUUUUAAAUGUACCUUUUUUUAAGAUGGGGGUGCGUACCUUACUCCACAGCCAGUGGGCCUCAGAUCUUCCUCUUUCCCACCCAUCAUCUGCCAAGUGUUCAGGCAGAGCAGCUGCUACAGUCAGGAAGGCAUCGGGAACUUCUCUGAUAGCAGCAUUCAGCUCUGUAGCAUUAUGUAGCAGCAUUCAGCUCUGAUGGAAACCAGGUUACAAACGACAGUGUCAGAAAACUACAGGGAACCCCUAGAAGGAAAGGCUCCUGGGAGCUGUAUUGCAAAGGUGAUUGUUCAGAAUCUUAUAGACUUGCACUGUCUAUAAAUGACCAAAUAAAUCAGGCUUGCACCUGGGAGCUCAGAGAAAAAGAAACUAUUUCUCUAUUAGUACUUUGAGGCCACAAGUUUCUAGACUGCUAAUAUCCUUACCCCUAGAUCAUUUGAGUCUUGACUAUGGUACCUAAUUAUGGGUCAAGAAGACAGUGAGGCUUGCACACCCUCCCCUGGUCCUUUGCUUCCUUUUCCCUGGAGCCUUGCCUAACAACCCCUGUGGGAUCUCAUCCCCCAAAUUUUGGUACUUUUCUUCCUAAGUGCAAAAUAGAGAUACUCAUUGUUAAGAUCCUACAGCUGAAAGGUGCUAUGUAACUCCUAGUGCUCUUCUAUGUCUUUACUUGCAGGACUGGAAUGAAAAGUUCAACCAUAGCAGUAUUUCUAAGCAAACGAAUAUAUUCCAUUUGUUCUUCCAUGUUCUCACUGCUGAUCUUUUCUUUUUUCUUACCGAGUCUAGAGUAUUUUGUUAAAUGUUCUUCUGUUUGUUCCAACAAUGUCCUUGGGAAAAGAUAGAAAUUAUUUUCUUCCCAAGAUAAAUGUAAAAAGAGAUAAAAUGCCCUCCAAAAGCACAUAGUGUUAGUUCAAUUUCUGUGUCCAAUAAACUAGUAGAGCAAGUUGGCUUCCUAGUACUAGAAAUACCAUGGUGUACCUAGAGUACUGAGAGCAAUUGAGACAGGAUCACAGCUCCAAAGUCCCAUUUUGUCCCAAAUCUUGAAGUAUGCAAUUUAUACAAUUCAUACUUUCUAAUACAAUAGGUGCCUCUUUCCCCCCACUGUAGCCCCGGGUGAUACAAAUGUUCCACAUUAGAUGGCAUCAGCCAUCUAAUUUCUUAUGGCAUGCAUAAAGCCCAGUCUCUGGGGUGGUUUUCACCAAGGACAAGAAUGUGUUUCCCUGUGUUCAUGCCAAGUUGCACAAAGUAAAGACACUAAGGUGGAAAGAGAUUUAAGCACACCCUAGCAGGAAUGUUUUAAGAAUAUUAACUAUGCAUUGCUGUAAUGUGCACCUCAAAUGGAAUAAGGCAUCAAUUCACAGGAAUAUAACCAAGUCCAGCCCUUUGACCUCUCAUCACGCAUAUCUUCAUACUCCUGUGCAAGUGCAUGUGAGGCCACACACACACACACACACACACACACACACACACACACACACACACCGCUCCCAAAGCUGGCUGCCAGGUCAUCACACCAAAGAUAGAGAUAUGAUUCUCUCUCUUCUUCCAAAAAAAGUUCACAACGGUCACAGCAAGCAGAGAACAUUCCAUUUAUGCAUUCUAAAAUUUCUGCUGUCAGAGUGGCUAAGUGACUCAGUUGAUGCAAAAGAUAUAUUCUGUGUAAAGCUACAGAGGCCAUGUAAGAAUAUUGUCAGACCCUUCCACAAGUCUCAUGUUCUCGGAAAAUUCAUGAGUUCCAUCCAAUCAGUAGGAAAUGGUUGACAAUGUAUGGUCCAUCUGCCUUUCUUUAACCUUAGCUGUCAGAUACCGUAUUCUAUUGCAGCCUUUUGCAUGUGGGUGUAAUGUAAAAUAUUACUGAAUGGGUGGCUCAUAAUAGCAUGCAACCUGUGAUUUACUUUCCCCAAAGGGCUAGGGCUGUGUCCUGCACAGUGUUCAAAUAUGUAUUCUUUGGAGCAAUCUUGUAGACAGCCAUCAGCAAAAAUGAGUUAAAACAGACAAGGAAUCCAACGUAUCAGG